CUCCUAGGACCUGGCGUACACAUACGUGGACAUCACAUUUUUGGUCAUAUGACCACAGUCGUUAAUUCUGCUGAACUGUCGCCUCAUGGCCAAGUAUGUGGACACUUACACUGUCAUCUGGUGGUGUCAGAAGAGUACAACACACUACGGUAAGAAUUAAAAAUGGCGGCAAACACAAGGGAUAAUUCAAGUGGCAGCUCCAAACACAAACCUCGACAAGAGCGUUUUUCUGUGCAAACAGCAUUGGAGCAAUUUUGGCUAAAUGAUGGAGACAACUCAGAUUUGGAAGACUUGUCUGACAACGAUGAUCCCAUCCUGGAUGCCAAUUACCAACCCCGAACACAGGAGCGAAGCAGCAGUGAGGAUGAGGAUGACAGUAGUGAUGAUGAGGACCCCAUUCCUCAGCCCACUGAGCACAGCAGAGGACGUAAACGUCUCCGUGGUGCAAAUAAUGGUUCAGGGACAGGGACAGAUACAGGUUCAUCCCGCACUCCCAGACGGCGCCGUCAAACUCAGCAGAUCGAGGCUGAUAACUCAGAUGAUGACUCGGAAGAGACAACACCAGGACCAAGCACUCAGGGACAGCCCAAUAAAGGACGUGGGUUGCGCUGGAAGGCUACUCCAUUGACGCCAGACCUUGCCCAGUUUGAGCAUAAGGACGAAACUGAGCUUGACAGAGAUGGCUGGACCCCACUAAACUAUUUUGAACAGUAUAUAGAUAGAGAUUUGAUGAAAAUAAUUUCAGAUUGCUCUAAUGCUAUGUCAUUGUGUAGGAGUGGGGACCCACUCAACACCUCUGUAGAUGAGGUUUACCACUUUUUUGGUGCCUGUAUUCUGAUGUCCUGCAUCCGAUACCCAACAAUCAGGAUGUACUGGUCCCAAGCCUUGAGAAUCACUGCCAUCACUGACAGAUUCACGCGCGACAGAUUCUUCAGACUGAGGGGAUCAAUAAAAGUGCUAAUCGAUGAUGAUGUGCCAGAAGAUCUGAGGAAGAGGGACAAAUUCUGGAAGGUGAGGCCUUUUCUGGAUCGGAUUCUGCAAGGCUGCAAGUCUCAGAAUCGACCUGAAUGCGCAUCUAUUGAUGAGCAGAUGAUUCCUUUCACAGGAGCCUGUCCAUGCAGACAAUAUCUGCCAAUGAAGCCAAACCCAGUUGGCAUCAAGAACUUCGUUUGUGCUACAGCAGAUGGCAUUGUGCUGGACUUUGAUCUGUAUCAAGGUACAGGUGCACUGCUUGAGCAGGUCGAAGAAGAGGUGGGCCUGGGGUUGGGAGGCUUAGUCUUGGCUCGUCUGUGUCAAACUCUGCAUCGUGGCACAAAAGUGUAUUGUGACCGGUUCUUCACAAGCAUCCGAGGUGUGGAACAAAUGAUGAAGAAGGAGAUGUACAUUACUGGUACAAUAAUGAAGAACAGACUCGCUGGCGCGAAGGAGAAGCUACCCUCUGACAAAACCAUGAAAAACACAGGAAGAGGUACCUCAUCAGAACUUUCCACUGAAGACGGAAAGUUGUGUGUAGUGAAGUGGUAUGACAACAAACCAGUAUUGAUGAUGUCUGUUGUUCAUGGCACAGAGCCUGAAGACACCUGCCAGCGCUGGGACAAGAAAUUGAAACAGUAUGUGACUGUCUCGCGACCAAGCAUUGUCCGUGAGUACAACCUCAAGAUGGGUGGAGUGGAUUUGAUCGAUAGAAUGAUUAGCUACUAUCGCAUGAGCGCCCGUACUAAGAAGUGGACGAUGCGGAUGCUAAUGCACUUCACAGAUCUGGCUUUAGGUAACAGCUGGCUACUCUACCGCAAAGACCUCGCAAUAUGUGCUGCACCAAAGAAGAGCAUCAUGCAGUUCCUUGAGUUCCGUACAGAAAUUGCUACGACCCUCUUGGCCCAGCAUCACGGUCAAGGAAGCCAUGCAGACCUCUCUGAACAGUCAGAGGAAGAGGACAACUCAAAUGAAGGGAACAAACGUCCUGUGACGGCAGUGCCCCAUGUCUCGGUCCGCAGGAGGGCGAAUGCCCAUCUCCCAGAGAUGAUCAGCCUGAAGAACGCGGCGCGCUGCAGGGUAGCAGGCUGCACUGGAAGAACCCGAGUGCGUUGUGUGACCUGCAAAGUGUUCUUGUGCUUGCAAGGCGAUCGCAACUGUUACACAGCCUUUCACACAUAGACACACAUACACUGCAGCACAACACACACACACACACACACACACACACACACACACACACACACACACACACUGCUGCAAUGCAAAAUUUCACAUAACACAUACUGUAACUGUGACUCUCCAAAGGGGGCAAAAAUGUUUUGUUUUUCUUCAUUUUGUUGUGUUUUUUCACAAUGAUGUUCAAAACACAUACAAUAGUUGAAAGUUGGAAAAACUGCUGUGUUCAAGGUUGAAAUAAAAUA